UUCAAAUCUAAAUAUAGAGUCAUGUGUAGGGCCUACAGUCUGCAGUUCUCUCACAUCUCUGCUCUCUCUGUGGCUUCGCUCUCUGCAAUUUUAUCAGUUGUUUGUCCCUUGCUGGCCAGAUGAGUUCACAAGGAAUUGUGGGGAGCGGCAGUCAGGCCACCCCUGAUAUGCUGUGUUAUAACAAAGGAUGUGGCCAAAGAUUCAACCCAGCAAACAACUCUGCGGACUCAUGUUUCUUUCACCCUGGCUACCCUAUAUUUCAUGAUGCUUUAAAGGGCUGGUCUUGUUGCAGAAAGCGUACCACUGAUUUCUCAGAGUUUCUUGCAAUAAAGGGCUGUACAAAAGGUCUACACAGUAAUGAGAAACCAGCAGAACCUUUUAGACCUGAAAUAUGUGGAACCAAAAAGAACACAGACUCAAAGCAUUGUCAAGAAAUGAUUGUGCAAGGUCCAAAAUCAGCAGAGAAGAUGCAGAAGGAGAGGCCCAGUGCACAGGAGCCAAUGAUGCCUUUUGUACUCAAGGUGUCCCGGACACUUGAACAGGAGCUGGAAAAACUAAGGCUGGGACCAAAAAAUGAGAGUGGACAAAAGGCUGAGACUGAAACCAUGACAAUUGGGACAAGGUGUAAACAUUCAGGGUGUAAGGAGAUUUAUAACGGACCAGAUAGUGAUGCUGGGACCUGCAUUUUUCACCCUGGGGUGCCAGUGUUUCAUGAAGGUAUGAAAUUCUGGUCCUGCUGUUGUAUUAAAACUAGUGACUUUAAUGAAUUUUUGGAUCAGCGCGGCUGCAGCACUGGGAAACAUCUGUGGGUGCAAAUAGCUGGGAAGCAGGCUGUCUCCUGUCGUUAUGAUUGGCACCAGACAAGUAGCGUUGUUGUUAUUACAAUAUAUGCCAAGACAGCAAUACCAGAGAACAGCCAAAUUCUGGCCAAUCGCACUGGGCUGGACAUUCAGAUCUCCUUUCAAGGGUCUUGUGAGUUCAAAAAGCAGCUGGAGCUGUGGGGUGUAGUUGAUGUGGAAAAAAGUUUUGUGAAUUUGCUACCUACAAAGGUGGAGAUCACACUAAAGAAGUCAGACCCUGUGACAUGGGCACGUCUGGAGCUCAACAUCUCCCAGAGCCUUCCUGAGGAUGAGCCGCAGAAGACACCAGAGGAGCCGCAUUAUAGAGAGGAGGAGUCUGAUGAUGAUCUCAGCUGGUCUGAGGAUGAGGAGUUCAGUGAAUGAGAAGAGCUUCCAAAAUACUAUCCCAUCACACCUGCCUUUAAUCUGCUGUUGUUGUUUUCACUCCUCCUCUGUUGCUCCUGUUUUGCCAUUUUGCAGUUUAUCUUUUCUGGGCGCCCUGCAUCUUCACAAUCUACAUUAUCUGUUCACUUUUCCCUUUUCAUACAGUUUACAACUCUUUUAACAAAUGUUCUACAUCAUCACUAGUUCCAGCUAAAUAGCGUAACUAUGUGUAACCCUCACUCUUGCUCAUUACUAUGUCUGUCCAGGUGUUACUAUUCUUUAUAGCAUUCUGUACCACGUUACUACUAGAAAUCAUAGAUAUCUCCUAUUGUCAAACCUUUCUGCCUUUCAUACUUUUUCUUUUCUACUCUUGAAUCCUUUUUCCUCACCUUAAUUUCUUGCUACUUUUCUCCCUUGUUCAUAACAACCAUCUCUUUUUAUAUUUUCCUUAAUCUUGCACCACUCUGUGGCCUGCCGUAUCCUCCAUCAUACCCAUGUUUGCGAGCUUCCUCUCCCAUAUUCUUCCACUUAUACAUUACUCUCCCACUUUCCAAACUGUACCUUACUGCAUUUUUAUUCUGUGAUUAAUUGCACAUUAAAUAUUUGUACUUAUUUUGUAGUGA